AUGGAUGCGUUAUAUGCUAGACUGAAGGUUGGGUCGGGUAGGCAGACGUGCCUCUCGACAGUAGGGUUCCAUACCGUUGAUGGAGCCGACGAUGUGGUGAGAGGUCCAGUCUGGGUAUUCGAAGGGGAAAUCGAAAGGGGAAGGGUCGGCGGGGAGAUUUUCAUAGUUGUUAAGCAGAAAGUGCCGCUCUUCGGGUCUCUUACCGAAGGCGACGCCACCCUGUCCACGAUUUUGGAGGAGUUGCGGUUUGUGGAGAGGUGGAAUGAACAGAAUUUGGGGCUAGCUAUGAUGGUCUUCCAUGAUUUGGAUACGGUACUAAGACGGAGCAAAGAUUGUACGGGCAAUCUCGCCAGGAUUUCAACUAACAGAUCUUCACUCAGUCGGUAUAGGAAAUUUAAGUCGAUUAAAAGUCAUAGUCGGUAUGGGAUUCUUAUCACACAAGAAGUAAUUUGA